CCGCCCACGCCACCAUGCCCAAGCCCACAACAGCCAAGGUCAAGAACGUAUCAGCAAAGCCGACUCCGGCGAAGAAGGCGAAAGUUGCCAAGGGCAAGGUGGCCCGCCCGCCUCCCAGCUCAAGCUCGGGCUCGGGUUCCGGUAGCGACAGCGAGAGCGGGGAAGGCGACGAUCGCGCGGCGAUGCUAGCGGCACUGGAGGCGCACACCCGCUCAUUGUUCGGCCUCGACGUAGCUGAGAGCUCGGCACAGGGCGCGGCGCGCUCUGUCUCCGAGUCGGAGUCUGAGUCUGGGUCUGCGGAGGAGGCCGAGGAAGAGGACUACGACGACGAAUUCGACGAUGGGUGGGGAGAGGGCGACGCAUUCGUCACGGACAGCGAGGACGAGAUGGACUUUGAUGCUAUGAUGAACAACGCAAAGAAGGCCAAGGCCAAGAAGGGGAAGGGGAAGGCUAAGGAGAAGGAGGCGGCCGCACCAAAAUCCGCGCCUACAGCUAUUGCACCUUCCCCCGCCCCUGUCGAGGUGGUUUUCGCCGAGACGGGACGGCCGGCGAUGGCCAUCUCAUCGUCGGAAAAGCGCGCUUUCCUCAAGGGCAACUCGGCGAAGAUUAUGGGCCUGCAGCCUGAAGAGCAGACGGGCCAGGGCAAGCGGAAGCGCAAGGCCGAGGACGAGGAGGAAGAAUCGAACCAGCGCCUCGACAAGACGCUGCACAACAUGCUCCUUACCUCGCUGUUGCCCGCCGCGACGCAGGACGCGGCCUCGCGGCCCGUCGACAAGCGCGCAGCCAUGUCCGGCCGCCUGCUCGAGCUCGCGAGCUACUCGCUGCCAGGCGAGGGCGAGGGCACUGUGCGCGGCGCCAGCUUGUCCUCGCACCCGGCGAAGGUGCGCACCGGGCUCGUGCAUGCGCAGCAGCGGCGGGCGGAGUCGGCACGCGCCGAAGCCGAGGCCGCGGGCAGCUGGGUGAAGGGCAAGGGCGGGCUCGGGGACCUCGGGCGGCGCGGCGCCGGCUCGAAGGGCAAGGAGCGCGAGGUGCGCACCUUCGGGACGACGAGCAAGAAGAAGGGCAUGGAGGCGGGCAAGAAGGAGCGCGCGAUGGGUCUGGGCAUGGGUGUGGGAACGUACGACAAGGGCGCGCUGCGGAUCGACGAGGGCACGAUCGCGCGCAUCAAUGGUGGCAAGGGGAGGGGAGGGAAGGGAGGGGGGAAGAAGGGCAAGGGCAAGCGUGGGUGGUAG